AUGAAAAGAUAACCUUUUCUAAACAUCCUGCUCACAAAUAUGCAUCGUCUAAAAGCUGUUUAUCCAUUCUUAAGGAGAAGAUUUCCAUUCCAGCCCUCCAGUUGUGAACUUUUAGUUAGGCAGAUGAAUAACUGCACAGAUGAAACACAAAUAUUUGAUUUUAUUGAAAGAAACAAAGCCACACUUUCAGAAAAGCAAGUGGAAUGUGCAUUUACUAAACUUCGGGAGUUUAGAAAUCAGAGCACCAACUUCUUAAAAAAUAUUGAAUUUGUCAAAGGCCAUCCCCAAUUUCUUACUCUUUGUAAUAUAACUACAGAUAAACUAGAGUUAAUGAAUAAUGAUACACUGGUGAAUGUGUUAUACGUCUUGCAACAGUUUACUGUUGAGGCCCAUAAUCCUCUAGUUGGAGCAAUAGUGACUGAAUCAUGGAAAAGAUUGGAAAUGUUUGAUCUUAAGACAUUGUCAAAAUUUUCCACUUGCUUAGUAGAUCAACACUUGCGUUUUAGUCCACUAAUGGGAAAAAUAGCUGAAAUUCUAAACAGUAAAUUGGAAACAGUAGAGGACUUAAGGGCCUUAUCUGUAUUGAUGGUCAGCACAUCUUCUUUAAUAUCACAUCGUUUUCAAGAAAGAUUACUGAACAAAGCAGUGCUUCUUUUUGACACUGUAGAUCCUUCCCACGUCAACAUUUCAAGAAGAAUAGUACACUUUCUUCGAAAUAUUAAAUAUAACCAUUACCCACUCUUAGAGAGGUGCAACAAAGUAUUUUUAGGCAAUAUGAAGGAGCUUGAUUUGGAUACCAUUAGUAAAAUACUUAGUCUAUACCAGUCUCUACAGUUUCAUAGUUUUGAAUUUAUUAGAAUGGCUGAACAGAAGUUAAAGGAAAUGAUUCCUUUGUGUGAUGAUCCUGCUAGUUUUGUAAAAUUGUUUGUAGCACUGGGACCCAUUGCAAAGCCUGAGGAAAAGGAACAACUUAUAUCAACAAUGCUGUUGAUGUCAGAGGAGCUGACCAGCCACCAGGCCCUGGCAGUGUUGGGAUCACUGGAACAGAUGGAAAGUAGAAAUGCACAACUGGUUAAAAAAAUUGCUUCAAUUGUGCAUAAACAUUUGGAUGACUAUAAACCACUAGAGUUACUGAAAAUAACUCGAGCACUGAUUUUUCUGCGGUUUCAAAGCAAAGAUGUUUUUGUGAAACUCAAAGAAUUACUGCUUCGCAAAUUGAAGACUAGUGUCCUGCCUUCUGAGAUUUCCAUCUUGGUCAAUAUCAUUUCCAUGCUGCCUUCUCCUCACCUAGAUGAAGCAAGGGUAUCUCAAAUUGAAGCUGUUUUACCACAGUGUGACCUCAUUUCUCUGAAUAGCUUUGGCACAUCUGUUUUAAGAUUGAUUCCAUAUCAUGCGUAUUUGGAUAAUAUUUCUGGAAAACAACUGAAACUCCUUCAGAAAUUAGAUCAGUAUGGACGCCAGAGGCUUCAAGAAAGCAACAGUUUGAAUGUGUUGUGGGAGGAACUUAAACUUUUAAAUGGAGACUGGUUUGUUGAAUCACUGCUUGAAGAUGCAAUUGCUACUCUACAGCGGAUGAUUGAUGAAAUUAAUUUCACAAAUAUUGCAGAAAUUGCAGCUUUUAUUUCCAAAAAUAGCUACCUCAGUACUUUGCUGCUUGAUAAAAUAGCCUCAGUGACCAUUCAGCAGAUUGAAAAGAUCCACCCUUUUUCAAUCUUUGCUAUUAUUCUUCCGUUCAGCACCCUGAACUAUAAUCCACCUCAGAGGGAUGAAUUCUUGGGAACUUGUGUUCAACAUAUUAAUUCUUACCUAAGCAUCUUGGAUCCUCUCAUAUUGGUGUUUAUUGGUUAUUCUUUGGCCACCCUGGAAUAUUUUCCAGAAGAUCUGCUGAAAGCAAUUUUUAACAUCAAAUUCUUAUCCAGAUUGGAUUCUCAACUUGAACAUGUAUCUACAUCUUUAAGUAAGAGGACCCAGCUGCGUCUUUUGGAAUUGAACAGAGCAGUCAGCUUAGAAUGCCCUGAAUUUCAGAUUCCAUGGUUUCACGACCACUUCUGUCAACAGCUAUUUUAUAAAAAAGAUACCAGAAUCUUGAGUGGAGCACAACAACAGAUGCAUAAAAUGCUAGCAGAAGUCCUAGGAGGAAUCAAUUAUGUAAAAACGUUCGCUCAUACACCUUAUUACUACACAGUAGAUUUUGAGUGUGUCUUAGAUAAAAGAAAAAAGCCUGUUUCUUAUGGAAGCAAUAAUAUAGUUUUGGGGAGAGAAUCACAUGGCCACUGGCAAGCAAAUACCCAAAUAGUUGGACCAAAGCUGCCACCAGAAACUGAAAGGAUUGCUGUGUUAUUUUGGGAUUCAAGAGCGUUUUGUAGAAACAUCCCUCACUUAAAGGGAAAUUCUACCAUGAAAAUAAGACACUUGGAAAUUCUGGGCUAUCGUGUAAUUCAGAUUCCACAUUAUGAAUGGAACUCAAUGGCACUGUCAACAAAGGAUGCUCAGAUGGACUACCUGAGAGAGCGCAUAUUUGGCAAAGGCAAAUCAUGA